UUCCUCUCGGGGCUCCCGUCGUUUCCGACGUCGUCCGGAAGUCGGGCGCUGGUCCCCUUACACUGCGCGGUUGUCUGCGGUUCCUCUUUCGGCUACCCCGGGGCCGAAGUGUACGUCGGGGAUCCCGUAGCCUUCGGCUUGUGUCUCAGCCGAGCUACCUGCUCCGCACGGGGCUGCGUGCAGCCUAUGGCGGGGGCCGCCCCGACCACGGCCUUUGGGCAGGCGGUGAUCGGCCCGCCUGGUUCGGGGAAGACCACAUACUGCCUGGGCAUGAGUGAGUUCCUGCGCGCGCUGGGCCGGCGCGUGGCGGUGGUGAACCUAGACCCGGCCAACGAGGGGCUGCCGUACGAGUGCGCUGUGGACGUGGGCGAGCUGGUGGGGCUGGGCGACGUGAUGGACGCGCUGCGGCUGGGGCCCAACGGCGGCCUGCUCUACUGCAUGGAGUACCUGGAGGCCAACCUGGACUGGCUGCGCGCCAAGCUAGAUCCCCUACGCGGCCACUACUUCCUCUUCGACUGCCCAGGCCAGGUGGAGCUCUGCACGCACCACGGCGCUCUGCGUAGCAUCUUCUCCCAGAUGGCGCAUUGGGACCUCAGGCUGACUGCUGUCCACCUGGUGGAUUCUCAUUACUGCACAGACCCGGCCAAGUUCAUUUCAGUACUGUGUACUUCUCUGGCCACGAUGCUACAUGUGGAGCUGCCCCAUGUCAACCUGCUCUCCAAGAUGGACCUCAUUGAGCACUAUGGGAAGUUGGCCUUCAACCUGGACUACUACACAGAGGUCCUGGACCUCUCCUACCUGCUCGACCACCUGGCUUCUGACCCUUUCUUCCGCCACUACCGUCAGCUCAAUGAGAAACUGGUGCAGCUCAUUGAAGACUACAGUCUGGUCUCCUUCAUCCCUCUCAACAUUCAGGACAAGGAGAGUGUCCAGCGGGUCCUACAGGCUGUGGAUAAAGCCAAUGGCUACUGCUUCGGGGUCCAAGAGCAGCGAAGCCUGGAGGCCAUGAUGUCUGCUGCAGUGGGAGCUGAUUUCCAUUUCUCCACCACCCUGGGCGUCCAGGAGAAGUACCUGGCAUCCUCAGACCAGUCAGUGGAGCAGGAAACCAUGCAGCUGUAGCAGCGAGCUGGGCCCUGCAGAGCAAGAAGCAGAACCCAGCAUUGGAGAAAGUGGCAGCCGCCGAUGACCACGGCCAGCCCUGCCGACUCAGAUCGAGAGCAGUCUCCCCAACCAGGCAGAGCACCCACCGCACCCUCAGUGGUUGCUGUUGCCAGGAAUUCAGCACCGGCCCCAGUCGGGCUACGAUGGGAUGUGCUACAAACACAAGAGUUUACUUUCUACUCUUUGUGACCUCCAAGCUUUCCUCAACCGUCUAGGUCCAGAGAGUUGGGGCAGAACAAGGGAAUGGGACCUUCCCUUAGAAGAGGCCUAUGUCUUCAUACAGGACGUCGUUGCCGUCCAAGCACAGGACUGUGCUAGAACGGACGCUCAGUCUCCGGUGGUGCGGUUUUGUAAAUUCGCAGUUGUAGCAGUGAGCCCGGUGCCUGAGUUUCCACAGGUGAUGCUCCCUAGCAGAUCUGAGUGUUUUGUUUUCAUGGUAUUUAUUUUAUGGUUUUAUUCCUUUGGGGCAAGGGUUAACUAGUUUUCCAUUUAUACUGGUCAUUAAAAGUUUACUUUGAAAUUGCAAAAAGUGAGUUGUUUGAAGAAAAAUAUUAAGUAUACAGCAUGACCUCAUAAGGAGUGUGGCUUGAGGUUGGAAAUAAUGGGGUUUGCUUCCUUUGGUUCUUCCUGCAACUGGUUGAGUGUAAUUCAUAUUUUCAACCAAUAGGUGGCAGUCCAGGCUUAGCAGUCACAGCCCGGAGGCAGCAGGGGACCGAUGGCAACUGUGCCAGAAGUCUCAUUUGCAGACACUUGGUCCUGUUAACAUGUGAGAAGGGCUCGGCCUUUUACAAAGUGCUUCCGCACACAUGGUUCUCAUGUGGCUCUCACAGCCAUUCCCGGAGAUCUAGACAAGAUGGAAUAUUAGGAAGCCCCAUUUUACAGUGAGGAAACAGAUGAGUUUGAACUUGGGUCAGCCUGGCUGUCUCAUUGUCCACUUUGCUGACUUCUUUUCUCUUUCUUUUCUUUUCUUUUCUUUUUUCUUUUUUCUUUCUUUUCUUUUCUUGUUUAUUUGUUUACUUUGAAAGAGAAAGAGAGCAUGCAGAGAGGGCCAGAGAGAGGGAGAGAGAUUCCCAACAGGCUUCACACUACCAGCACAGAGAGCCUGAUGUGGGGCUCGGACUCACGAACUGUGAAUUCAUGACCUGAGCCGAAAUCUAGAGUCGGACUCUUGACAAACUUAGCCACCCAGGCGCCCCUUUGCCGACUUCUUAAUGGUGAAAAGUCACGGCCCUUCUCCCACAGGAUUUGUGGCCAAUCAGGGGGAAGAAUUUAAACACCUGUAGAGUAUUACUGAAUCAUAAAUCAAGGGGAAGAUAGGUCACUGGGGGUUUGGGCAGUUGGAGAAUUCAGCUUAGGAAAAUCUGUUCCGAAGUGGCAUUGAGACGGGGGUGACGGAGCUUUGCUUCCCAAUUGGAGGAAUCAGAGCAGAAGGCAGAAGAGUGAGGGGCUGUGAGGAGGCUCCUCUAGCUGGGAGAGUAUGAAAGCAGCCGACCUCUGCUCCCACGCCCGGCCGAAUGGGGGGUAAUUACUAGGUGCUGCUUCCCCAGCCUCUUUCAUCUGAGAAGUUCAAAGCACCGUACCCCUAUUAACACCCUACAGUAGGUGGGGAGGAUCAACAGCAAGCCAGGGAAACUGAGGCCAGGAGGCGCAGCCUGGGGAUGCCUGUGAGUCAUUUGUGGGGCCCGGAGCCCAGGAAUCCUGACGCCCAGGUUGCUGGACAAAUCCCUCAUCAGGUAGGGUGUCAGGGUGGAUCCUGUUUUGGAACAUAGGACCAGUAGCUGUGGUCAGGGGUUCUGCUGCUUGCCCAUCACCCUGGCUCUUACCAAAGCAAACCAGCCGGAAGGAAGGUGCCAUUUGAACUUUAUGGCCUUGCAUCCAAGCACUCUGAGCAUUUAUUCUCUGCAGUCACAGAGUGGAGAAAGGCGGAAGUCAUCCCACAGUUAAUUUUCAGGCCUUGGUGUGACAGCAAGGGUAUUUCCUCCUCCAGGAAAUGUAGCUCUGUUCACCUACUGAUGGCAAAAUGAUUUUCUGUUCCUCUGCCAUGGUGGGGAGGAGUUGGAAAAUGAAAAGAAAAUAAGCCACCCAUGAUCCCAUAACAUAUAAAUAAUAAAAAAUCUUUGUAAUCUGCAAUAAGUUUUAUAUUCAAAUGUAUAAAUAUAUUUUGUGUUUCUCAGUCUUUUCUAUACAUGGAGAGGGGUAGCUAGAGCAUUUGUACAAGUGGAAUAUGUUAUACUUGCUCUGUAACCUGCGUUUUCUAGUCAACACUUAUUUCAUCCAGUUAAAAAUAGACCUCUUUAAUGUCUACAUAAUAUUCCAUGGUAAGGCUAUGACAUUGUUUACCUGUCCAGACUCCCAUGGUUAGCCUAAGUCAUUACCAAUUGUUUGCUGUUGUAAAUUGUACCGCGAUUAUAUUUUCGUACUCAAA